AGCAUUUUUAUUGAUCAGGUCGAGUGGAGUUCUCUAUUCAAUUUUUGUUCAAAACCAGCACCAUGGCAUCCUUUUGCGCCCUAUUUUCUUGUGCGAUAUUUACUGUUAUGGUUCUCAUGACAACGGAGAUAAAUUGUACAUCUACAACAACAACACCGGCAGCAACAACGCCAACGCCGAGUGUUGAUAUGAUAUUCAUCGCUGACACGGGUCAUAAGGAAAUCUUGGCUGCCACAAUGGGUCGAUAUCGCUUCAGUUCAUUGAUACGUGAGGACAUCGAGGUUUGGGAUGUGCUCUUCAGCGAAGCAAACCAGAAGCUUUACUAUGCCAAGAAACACGACGGUCACAUCUACGAGUCUAACGCCGACGGGUCUGGUGUCAGACAGGUGUCGAGUAAAUCUCACACGGAACCAACGUCGCUUUCGAUCGAUGAAAUUAAUCAGGAGAUUUACGUGGCUUACAAAGGCGGUGAGCUGAUCAGUAGCUUCAACCUCAACGGUACGAGAAUAAGAGAGACACGUGUUCACAAACAACUUAGCAAGCCAGGGGCCAUUUAUGUUGAUGCUGAGAACGGAUAUCUGUACUUUACUCAGUUCGCUGGGGUGUGGCGAUCAUCGCUCUCUGGUAAAGAUUUGAUCCCUCUGCAUCAUGACAGCGAUCUCGGUGAAAUCGAAGCAAUAGCCGUCGAUGUGCAAGGUGAGCGUAUCGUGAUCAGCGACCCCGGCAAUGGUAAGGUAGUCAGUAUGCACAUCAACGGCACGAGAGCAGUCAGUCCCGGCAACCCACCAGCAGUCGAAAUGGUCGAUCUAUCAUCCCCCUACAAGAUCACCGACGUCCAAUUCUUCAAUGGAGAUCUCUACGUCAGCAACGAACGCGAAAAUCGUGCGAUCAUGAAGCUUGCAAACGGAAAUGGACUCCCGAAGAAGAUCUACACCGAUACGCGGGAUAUCCUCAGUUAUCCUAGAAAGUUUCACAUAGCGAAAGUUAAUGUAUAGAUGUUACUUGGACUGAUGAAAACUUAAAGUGAUCAUUCAUUGAUAUUUUUUAGACAAAACUGAGCGAAUCAGACAUUUUUGCGACGGGGGGGGGGGGACAAACCAGCCGUACACACAAUGUAUUGCGCCAUUACUAGCGUCGGCACAUGACGUAAAUUAUUCUUGAUAGGGUAUAUCUUUUUACACAUGUGUCCACUUAGGUGACAUUCAGGCACUAGCUGCAUGGUGUUCGAUUUCAUUACAUUUAUGUUUUUGUAAAUCAAGGCAAGACUCACAGGCUCUACAAUGGCUGAAAUCGUAUUGCUUCCAUUCACAGUCGGUCAUUCUGAACGGUGUUGUGUUCUCUUUUAUGUCAUUGGUCUGCGUAGUCUCCCAUGGCUCUGUUGGAUGGCCAAUCUUGAUCUCUCUUUAUACAUUUAACAGGGUUGCACAAGGUUUUUAACACUAUUAUGUUCAUUGUCGGUAAUAUCCAUAUGAUAUUCAGAUUUUUUCCGCCUUCACCAAGUCAAGCUAAUGCCUAAAAGGCCAAAAAUACCUUCACAAUCUGUGAAAGUGCAUUAAUG